AUGACCUUGGCAGGGUUUUUCCAGGACCUCUUGCAGGAACACAUACUUAUCUUUAAUCCACAAAGGAGCCCAUCCGAGAAAUCAGUGGUAGUUGAAUUCUGUAAUAUAAAGCUGCCCGUGUAUAGAUCUACAUCAUCAACACUGCUGAGUUAUGAUCCCCCCAAAUCAAGUCCCAUUAAAGGAUCAACGCAAGCAAAGACUUGGGUUCUGCUUGUGAUCUCGAUGCUCUCCCGUGUGCGUGUUCACUUGGUGCUGUUUGCUCUGUUGAGUGUGGCGUUGGGAAAAAAGGCAGGGAGCACUCGGCUCUACAGUGGCUGGAAAGGUCCUUCAUCAGGCUCUUCAGGUGGAAACGCUGGGUCCACAGGUUCCAGUGGGGGCUUUAGUUCGUCGAAUUCUGGGAGCGGGUUUGUCUCAGGCUCGCGUCCAGUGCUUGGAGGUUUUGGAUCAGGGAGUCUCGGGUCUGGGAGCGCCGGGACUCUCACUUCUGCAGGAGCUUCUGCUGCUUAUUCAGGGGGACUUGGAGGUUUUGGAACUGCGGGAUCGGCUUCAGGGAGCUUUACUUCUGCAGGAACAAACUCAGGGGGCUUCGUGUCUAGUGGGUCUGCGGCAGAGAGCUUCGCGAACGGAGGAUCAGGAGGAUUCGGGGCUGCAGGAUCAGCCUCAGGAAGCUUUGUUUCAGGAGGCCAUGGGGCUGUUUCUGCAGGAUCUGGGUCUGCAGUGUUCGGGUCUGGGGGGUCGGGGGCAGGAGGAUUUGCGUCCUCAGGAUCUGCCUCUGGAGGAUUCGCAUCUGGCGGAGCUGGAUUUGGAGGAUAUGGGUCAGGGGGAUCUAAUGCCGGAGGAUUCGGGUCAGGAGGAUCCGGCUCAGGAGGAUUCGGGUCAGGAGGAUUAGGGUCAGGAGGAUCGUCAGGAGGAUCCGGCUCAGGAGGAUUCGGCUCAGGAGGAUCUAACGCUGGAGGAUUCGGCUCUGGGGGCCAUGGUUCGGGAAAUUUCGGGUCAGGAAACUUUGGCUCUGGAGGUUCUGGAGCUGGUGGCUUCGGGUCUGGAGGCUCGGGGUCUGGAGGUUCUAGCGGCCAUGCUUCUGGAGGUUUCGGUACAGGAGGAGCUACUUCAGGAAACUAUGUAUCUGGGGGCCAUGGUUCUGGAAAUUCCGGGUCAGGAGGGUCCUCUUCAGGAAGCUUUGGGUCUGGAGGUUCUAGUUCCGGAAACUUUGGGUCUGGGGGUUCUGGAGGCCAUACUUCUGGAAAUUUCGGAUCUGGAGGGUCUUCGUCAGGAGGUUUUGGCUCUGGAGGGUCUUCGUCAGGAGGUUUUGGCUCUGGAGGGUCUUCGUCAGGAGGUUUUGGCUCUGGAGGAUCGACUUCAGGAAACUUCGGUUACGGAACACAAGCAAACCUUGUUGCUGGCGGAUCUUCACCGGGGGCCUCCUCCUGCCGCUACUGGUGCAAGAACGCUUCCAACCAACUGUACUGCUGUGAGAACUCGGGGCAAGGAGCGAGUAAUGUGGAAGUGCACCCGGGAAGAUGUCCGGCCGUGCGUCCACAGUGCCCCGAUGCGCGCCAUCUUCCGCCCAAGACUUGCAGCAACGAUGGAUCUUGCAACUCGCAAGACAAAUGUUGCUUCGACAACUGCAUUCAGUUGCAUGUGUGCAAACCCGCUCUGAAAUGGUAACAUAGCCUUGCCUAAAGAAUUCAUCUAUCAUUAUUAUCAUCUUUGAUUGGUGCAUUCAUCUAUAUGGACUGAUGUUGGUAUGCACACACACAAACAUACAAUAAUCACCAAAAUUGUAAAAUAUAAAAGGAAAACAGUU